AUGGUUUUAGCUGAUCUUGGUCGACGUAUAAACUCUGCGUUAGCGCAGAUUAAUAAAGAGCCUGUCAUUGAUGAGAAGGUGCUCGAGGCACUUUUGAAGGAGAUUGUCUAUGCAUUAAUGGAAUCCGACGUCAAUGUCAGGUUAGUUGGUAGUUUAAGAGAAAAUGUGAGAAAAGCCGUCAAUAUACAAGAGUUGCCUGCCGGAAUAAACAAGAGGAAGCUUAUACAGAAGACCGUCUUCGAUGAACUUUGCAAAUUGGUUGACCCAGGCGUUGAGCCAUACAAACCUAAAAAGGGAAAGACGAAUAUUAUCAUGUUUGUUGGGCUACAAGGGAGUGGCAAGACCACGACAUGUACUAAGCUAGCAUAUCAUUAUCAACGUAAAGGCUGGAAGACAUGUCUUGUCUGCGCAGAUACGUUUCGUGCUGGUGCAUUCGAUCAGUUGAAGCAGAACGCCACUAAAGCAAAAAUACCAUACUAUGGGAGUUAUACGGAAACGGAUCCCGUUCAGAUUGCACAUGAGGGAGUUGAGAAAUUCAAAAAAGAAAGUUUUGAGAUCAUUAUUGUGGAUACGUCGGGAAGACAUAAGCAGGAAGCCGAGUUGUUUGAAGAAAUGAAGCAGAUAUCAGCCGUUGUUAAUCCUGAUAAUACUAUAUUUGUCAUGGAUGCUACUAUUGGACAAGCAGCCGAACUACAAGCAAAAGCUUUUCACGAGGCUGCUGAUAUUGGAUCAAUUAUUAUAACAAAGAUGGAUGGACAUGCGAGGGGUGGUGGUGCUAUUUCAGCAGUUGCAGCAACACGCAGUCCAAUUGUAUUUAUUGGUACAGGAGAACAUAUUCAUGAUUUAGAACGAUUCUCAGCAAGACCGUUCGUGUCCAAGAUGCUAGGAAUGGGAGAUAUUUCUGGGUUAAUGGAGACAGUUCAGGACCUGAAAUUGGACCAGAACAAGAAUUUAAUGAAGAACCUGGAACAGGGUAUUUUUACCAUAAGAGACAUGUAUGAACAGUUCCAGAAUAUUUCGAAAAUGGGACCGUUGUCCAAGAUGAUGCAGAUGAUGCCUGGAAUGUCUGAACUUAAUUUUGAAGGCUCAGACGAACUUGGUGCCCAGAGAAUAAAGAGAUUAAUGACCAUAAUGGAUAGUAUGAGCAAUGCGGAACUUGACUCUGAUGGCAAGAUCUUCAUACAUCAACCGGUAAGAAUUGUACGCGUGGCGCGUGGGUCAGGCACCACCGUUCGUGAGGUCGAGGAACUCCUCAUGCAGCACAAAGGAUUUCAGAAUAUGGUGAAGAAGUUUGGUGGCAAUAAAAACCUUUUCAAGGGAAUGGGCCAGAAUAUGGACCCGUCAAAGAUGUCACCUCAACAGAUUCAACAGAAAAUGGCAGCAAUGAAUAAGAUGCUUCCGCGCGGUAUGCCUGGAAUGAACAAUAUCAUGAGAUCAAUGAUGGGCGGAGGCCUUCCUGGAAUGGGAGCACAGGGAAUGCCAGAUAUGGCCCAGAUGCAAAAUAUGAUGAAACAAAUGGGCCUUAACUUACCGGGUAUGGGAGGCGGAAGAAGAGGAUGA